ACCACAUUAAAACGGUCAGACAAGCUCAGGUAGAGCGCAUUAGCUACAUUGGAACGAUCUCCCAACCUAUAACUGAUUUGAUUGAUUUCAACAGUACACUACCUUGUCGUGACAUGGGUCAGAGACUAAGUGACCCUGUCCCUGAGGUAUCCCAUAGGGAGAAACCAAAGGAGACACAGGAACAUAAAGAUAAACCCAAGGAGAAGAGGAUCCCUCAAGCCCUGACCUUUCUUCAGCUGUUUACACUGCUGAGCUGUGUCAAGGUGAAGAAAACACCCUUUGAUCCCUCCCAGAGUGGUGAUGGGAGAAAGGGAACAACGAUAAACGAUACAAACAACAAUAAUGACUCUGAUACUGGUGAGUGUUAGGAGGUGUAUAUUGAUUAGUGCUGCUACAUUGUACAAUUAUCUAGGCUUCACUUGGAAAAAAACAGGUCAUGUGUCUUAGAAAUGUUUCACUUACAGGCUUGGACUACUCUGCAGGUGUCGUGAAAAGGAUCAAGGACAAGAGUAAAGGAAAGGUUGGGGGAGAGAAACAUAGCAUUGAAUCUCAGGACCACAAAUGCAGAACGACACAGGAAAAAGAAAAAGACAUUAAACAAAGACCUAACUCGGUCUCCCCUGAGGAGCAAGCAAAGAAGACCCAGCAGAAAGAGAAGAAGAAGAGCAUCCAUCCAGCUGUGGCGGCCCUGCAGCUGUUCACUCUCUUCUGCUGUGGUGGGAAAGUCAAGCCGAGGAAGUCUCGUCCCUCUCAGAACAGACAGAGUAGAAAGGACCAGGACAAAGCUAAUGCAUCUGAUACUGGUUCAGACUUGUCUGGAGGUGAUGUUACAACCAAAAGGGUCAAGGACAAGAUUAAUGGAAAGGUGGGGAGGGAGAAAGAAAGGACUGAAGUUCAGCUGUUGAAAUCAUCUCAGGAACACGAACCCGAAAAUCGAAGGACACGCCAGCAAGUGAAGACCCCUGUGGAGGAAAUUAACAUAAGACCUGACUCUCUGACUCUACCACGUGCCCACAGCUCCCUCUCUCAGUUUUCCCUGGCUCGGAACAAGGCCAUCUUCCCGCUGGAGUGGCAGCUACCCGGAGUCCCUCUGACCACCUCGUCUAUGGCAACUAGGACAGAGAGAACGCCAUCCUCUACCAACACUUUGACACAUGCGCAGAUGGAAAACACAGACAUCAGAUAUGAACACAGACACGCGGACCACUUCUACCUCUCAGAGCCCGAUCUCAAUGCACUAAGGAACAUGAUCACUACUGAUGAGGAUGUGAAGGAUGACUCUGCUAAAGAUUUGAUCUCCACCCUAACAGACACCUCUAUGAAGAAAUCCAUCAGUGAGACCAGCCUGGAAGACCUCAUCGCUGAGUAUGAAGAUGAAGAUGAGCUGAAGGAUAUGGCUGCCUCCGCUACCCCUGCUACUGAUAAUGCCAGUGAGGAUGCAAUGCUGCUGGAGAUUGCAGCACUUUUUGACUGA